UGUAACCUAAUAGUUGGGUCUCUAAUUCAGUUGCUUAUUGUUGCAGUCGGCAAUCCGAGUAUCCCACCAAAAUUGUAUACAGGGACAACUCGCUCUCCCGUACGACAGGCCGCUGAGUCAUAGAGAGCCGAAUUAUAUGACUUCUAUCAUAAAUUUUAAGCAGGUUUGCACAGCACUGUUUGUCGUUGUUUUGGUGACUUAUAGAGUGUGCCUACCGACCCAGUUGAUGCAUUCCUUCUAUUUAUCUUCAAUAUUCGUUCUAUCUAAGCAAGGAAGCUGCUCUUCAUUGAUUCCCGUCUCGUUUUAUUUUUAUGCUGCAGACUUUUGUUAGAAUGGGAGGUCAGGCUUUUGCCUCUCAUGUCCCGCCCAUCCACACGCCCCGUAUGACUCAGGAAGUCUACGAUAAAGCUCUCAAACAAAGUCAAGCUAUUUUACGAAAAUUCUACUCCAAAGUUGCAAGUGCUAUCGAGGGACCUGGCAAGACUACUUAUGGAGAUGUCGAUAUUCUUGUUACCUCGCCUUUGAAAAAUGCGUUCUCUCCAGUAGAAUCAGUUGCAGACAGACUUAAGAAAGCUUUGAAUGCAGUAGCCUGGAUCCAAGUUGAAGGCAAUCCUACUAUCAAUUUUGCAGUUCCUCAGCCAGAUGAAUCAAUCAAAAACAUGGUAGGCGAGAUUGGGAAGAAUCUGACCAAGUUUAAAGAUAAUGCAUCAGAGAGAUGGUAUAUUCAGGUCGAUGUUCAUACAUGUAAAGAUGUCCAUGAAUUCGAAUGGGAGUUAUUCCAUUCAGCCCAUGGCGAUCUAUGGAACAUAAUUGGUACAACGAUCAGAAGAUUUGGACUUACCAUCAAUAACCAUGGAUUAUUCAUCAGGAAUCCUGAAAUCGAGUUGGCUGAUAGGAAGAAGAGCAUGGUAUUCCUGACUGAUGAUCCUGGCAAGAUUCUCGACUUCUUAGGCUUAGAUCAGGACAGAUGGUGGAAACGUUUCGACACCCAACAGGAAAUGUUUGAAUACGCUGCUUCCUGCCGAAUGUUUUGGGUCAGAGAUGUGGUCGAAGACGAAGCAGAAGGAGAUGUCACCGGUCAAGAGGGCGGAGCAGAAGGUAAGAAAAAGCUAAAACAUAAUGAUCGACAACGAUUGGCCAAACGCCCUAUCUUCAGAGCCUGGGUAGAUGAGUUUAUACCUCAGUGUCGCGAGGAAGGCAAGUACAGCGAUGUUAAAAUCACGAGGGAAGAAAUUCGAGAUGAAGUUUUUGAGAAAUUUGGUGUCAAGAAGGAAUACGAAACCAGGCAACACGAUUGGAAUCUUGCAAGACAUCUAGUCGAAUUGGUGAACGAUGGUAUCAAGGGCAAUAUCCCUGUGGAUGGAGUAAAUGACCAAAUGAGGUCGGCAGCUACGAAGGUUAUGAAGGGUAUCAUCAUGGAGGGAGAGCUAUACGACGGAAGUGUACCGGCAGCUGCGAUGAAGGAUGAGAAGGGCUUCUACAAUCUUGAGCUGGUCAAACAUUUCGUUGCCGAAAAUUGGGAGAACGCAGGUAGGAUUGGUAUCGCAAGGCAACAAGUGAAAGCCAGGGAAGCUAUGAAGGCGAAAGCUAAGAAGAAGGCAAAGGCUGAGCGUGAUUCUCGUCUGCAAACGCGACAUGAUACGGACAGUAAUAAUAUCAGAGAAUGAGUGUAUUGGAAAAGCACUAGGAAUGCGUGAUAAAUGGUGUUGGUCAAGAAUAUUGAGCGAGUACCAAGACUGCGGCUGUGUCCGAAGGGGAUUUACGGCUAUGAGGCGGGUGACCGGCGACGGCGUCACAUUCCGCAUUGAUCCACACUUGAAUACUAAUAUACUCAAGUAUGAGAAAAGGAUGAAGGCGCAAGAACUUCGGUAUGCUUUUCCAAAAUCACACAUGGGUUACAACGGCACAGUCUGGAAGAAUUCCAUCGGCUUGUAAACGGCGAGGUUGUAGCCAUCACUCGCAGUU